AUGAAUGGUAGGAAGGUAGGUAGAUGGGAUAUUUUGUUUUGUUAAUAUUAUGCGAACGAAUAUCAAAAAAUAUAAGUAUUAUAUAAAUAAAGUGGAAUACAUAGUGGCGGUGGAUCAUAUGAUGAAGUCGGAAAUUAGAAAAAGAUUGGGAAGUGGGUAGAAUUGGAUGAAGAUUUUAAUGGUGACUCUUACACUUCGAAAUAAGUCACUUGUAGUGGUGAAUAUAAUAUGAAUGGUAUUAAGAUAGGUCGAUGGGAUAUCAUGUAUUAUCAAAAAUAUUAGAUGGAAUAUAUAUAAAUGUAAGUAAAUAUAAUUUACAAAGGGGAAAUGUAUAUCUAAAUAAUUAGUGGUGGUGGAUCAUAUGAUAAGGAAGGAAAUUAGACAAAGAUUGGAAAUUGGGUAGAAUUGUAGGAAGGGUUUAAUAAUAAUAAAUAAAUCACUAUUAAUGGUGAAUAUAAUAUGAAAGGUCAAAAACUAGGUAUUUGGAAAGAAUUGAAUUUGAAUUAAUAAUUAGAAUUAAUGAAUUUUGAUAUUUGA